UCUGAUAGUGUACAGCAACUAAUGGCCACACGAGAAUGGAUUGUAGCCAGAAUAACAUCUAUUACCGAGUGCUCUGUAGAUCCAAAAGACCCUUCUACAAAUCCGUUUGGACUUGCCCAUGGUCUUAAAUUCUAUCAGAUUGAAGUAGAGCAUUGGAGGUCUCAUCAUAAGAGCAGCAAGGCACCAAAGAACCGGCAUCACGACAAGCACACCAAAGAUACAGACCUAUCUACAUCUGAAACACUUUCACGCCGAUAUGGAACACUUUCCCAAUCCUCAAACCCACAGGAUAUAGGACUUGCUAGUCUCUCACUAGACAAUUCCCAAAUCAACACAAAUCUGUCAUCGUCAAUGAACCUUACUAUCCCUAGCCGUCCGACACGCCCAGUAUUUCCUGUCUCGCAUUCAUCAUCCAACAUCGUUCAUAGCUAUGCUCAUCAAAACUCACCUCUACUAGCAUCAAAUGUCCGUCGAUGGAGUGGAGGAAAUAUAAUCCCACCCCUUUCCGAUCAUGACUCUACAUAAGUUUAAUUUUCUUCAUUCCAUUUCCUUUACACUCUCAUACGUAUUCUUUCUUUCAUACUAGUUUUAUCGAAACACCUCUUCUUGGACUACACUGCAUAAUAAUCGAAGAGUAAAAAUUGUCUAAACAAGCUUAUCAUCUUUUCAUCCUUCUCGAUAUAAGCAUAUGAUGUCUAUUUGUAUUCUUGUUUGUUUGUUAAUAAUAAAAGUAUCACUGCUAUACAACCAUCCUUGUUAAUAGCAUAUGCUCUUUGUAGG